AUGGCGAACUAUCUGGACUUCAUCUAUGCUAUUCCUAUGGUGCUACAGUUUGUUGCAGUCUUUUCGCAAAGCGGACCCGAGGAUGAAGAAAUAGCGAAACUGGGUAGUGAACCGGCAGAAGAAGAAUGGCACAUGGAUUUCAUGCCUACUGGCUACUUACCAGACAGUGUGUAUCGAGAACUGGCGUGGUAUGGUAUCCUGCAAAUUCAGCCCCUGCACCAUAGCUCUAAGUACAAAGUCGCGGCGACACUUAUGUGGCAACACACGCUGGGAAGACCACACAUCAUUAUGGAGAAUCCACCACAGUCGACGCAAUCUGCAGGUAAAGUAAGUCGCCAGAUAUUGGCUGAGGAAGCUGCUAAAUGGUCACGUGAACAAAGGGCGGCACAGGAAGUGCUCAUGGAAAACAUUAAGAGUGGGGGUAACGGUCUCACUGUCAGAACGGUUAUAAGUGCACGCAAGAAAUCUGUUUAUAUAAUUCAAAAUGGUAAUUACUAUAAGUGUCCACAUGGCUCUGAACCUGAUUUGGAUGCUUACCGAAUUCAAGCAAACAUGCACGAACGCAAGUGUACAUUUGGUAAACAGUCAAUUCCCGUGGCGAUGGAUCCAUGCAUAGAAGCAGAAGUUGCACCCAUAGAGUAUUCUUUCCACGAAGGAUGGAUGUUCUGCCUUGGAAACGGUGAAAGGGAAAAUAAUUACUUUCAGAAUGGAACCCUGGAUUGUGGGAACAAAACUAAAAUAAGUGUAGAUAAGUUUUUGGAAGAAUGUGCUAUUGAUUAUAAUGUAGUGAUAACAUUCGACUAUUUUGGUGACGAACCACGCAAGGAUAUGAUUCACAAUGCUACUGUAUGUACUACUUGGGAUCCUUGCCGAAUAUCCUAUCUUUAUCGGCUUGAGCCACCUCCACAAGAAUUGACACCGGCGUUCCCAACGACUUCUGAAAAUCCAUGCGAAAGUACCGUUUGUCCAGAAUGUUUGGAAGACGAUUCAGAAAAAACAGACACUCAAGACAAAGGUUUCGCGCUUCAAGAUGAAAUAUACGAAUCAGCCUUGCGAGAGAAUGCUUAA